AUGCAGGCCUCUGUGCAGUUUAGGCCCCAAAACAGAGAUCUUGGGAUGAUAAUGAGAGAGGUAGAUGAAGAUCUUGCCAUUUUCUUGGGAAUCCGAAAUGCCGAAAAGGAGAGAAAUGACCAUACUGCCCCUGUUGAAUCUGAUGAGUUUGAUGAAUCAAAAGAUUUGCAGCUAAAACCUGAUUGCUCCUUGCCAUUGAAUUCUACUCGAGAAAAUAUUGUCCCGAUCGCCACCGAGGAUAAUUUCGUCAAUUUCGGGGCCGAAAAGAGUGAUGGCAUUUGGCAAUUUAGUUCCUCUCCACUUCAUUCAGUAGAGGUAAACCUGGACGAUUGCACAACGAACAGCUCUAAAACUCCCGAGAAUGAAGCCAUUUCAGUAGACAACUCAUCCGAUUCCCCGAGCGACAGUCCACCGAACCAAAACCCAUCCGCAUUGCCUAACAAAAGACCCUCAUCUUCAUCCGGGCCCCACAAACCCACCACACGAUCAACUCUUCCAUCAAAACCGAGGCCCGCUUCACGCCCUUCCACUCCUAAUAACACCUCGAGGCCCGGCCCACGGCCCACGAUCCUCAAAGCCGUGGGGCCCGCAAGGCCAGCUUCUGCAUCCAGAGAGAGGGUGGUGGCCAGGCCCAACGAGAAACCCGAACGACAACAAAAAUUGUGCUCGCCUCCGAAAAUGCGGGCCGGAAUUGCCAUCACGGCCCGUCAUAGGGCUCGGGAGAGAAUUAAUAAUGAUGUGAACCCGGUUUUAAUGGGGACAAAGAUGGUGGAUCGGGUCGUGAACUGCAGGAAGCUGGCGCCACCUAAGCACGACGAGCGUGUUAUUCGAGAUAGGAAAAAGUCGGGAUUGGAGAAUAAUUCGGGUUUCGGAAGGUCGCUUUCUAACAAGUCGUUGGAAAUGGCCAUACGACACAUGGACAUCAGACGAAGCAUUUGCGACAAAUCAUAAUCCCUAAGCAUUCAAAAUCUUGCUACAUUGAACUUCCGGUUAGAGUUAAACGUUGAUUGGCUCUCGAAGAUGUUCGAAACUAACAUGAGGCGC